UAAAGCGAAACUCCUUAAGUCUGCCUUCUACUUACUGUACUAUGUCGAUUCUUCGGUGAUUAGAAAGGCGCAGAAGAGUGAUUAAUCGGAAGCCAUCUCCGAAUACCAUUACACUUUUCGGUCCUUAGGAUAUGAAUUUCAAUGACUUAUUCCAGAAACAGCAUGCGGGAUGAAGGGAUGUCACUUCCGCAGUACCCAGGCGAUGAUACGCGCCCGACAAGUAGGAAGGAGCUUGCUGGGUGGUAUAGCUAUAGCUGGGCAGCCGAAGUUUUUACAGUAUGUGCUAUGGGCUCUUUCCUCCCUAUUACGCUAGAGCAAAUGGCCCGAGAUCGCGGCGUCCUUCUUUCAGAUAAAGUAACUCCAUGUCGGGCAACUUGGAAAGCUCCGCAGCAGUUACCGCCACAUGAGACAUUAAGCCAAACCCUUGCCAAUACAUUGCACCAUGACCGAGAUGUACCGGGUGCAAGCCAGUGUGUUGUUUACAUUUUUGGCGUAGAGGUUAAUACUGCUAGCUUCGCCAUGUAUACAUUCUCAGUGAGUGUCUUAGUUCAAGCUGUUUUGAUAAUAUCAAUGUCAGGUGCUGCAGACCACGGGACUUAUCGAAAAGUCUUCUUGUUGACGUUCGCCCUCGUUGGCUCCAUUUCUACCAUGUUAUUUCUUUCAGUUGUACCGAAGCUCUACCUCCUUGGGGCUCUUUUUGCAAUUAUAGCAAAUACCUGUUUUGGAGCGUCCUUUGUACUCUUGAACUCGUUUUUACCGCUUUUAGUUCGCUACCAUCCAUCUUUAAUCAGGGGCAGCGAUGAAAUAUCCCGUCAGGGCGCAGUGGGGGACGAUGUCUGGGGUAACACCUCCCCCAAUAUGAAUGACGUCACGACGCCAUUGCUUCAUAAUGAAACAAUUACAGAGAAUGCAACCCGUGUCUCUCUCGCAGGUACAUCGCGAGAAUUGGAACUCUCCACGAGAAUAUCUUCAUAUGGAAUUGGAAUCGGUUAUAUCGGUGCGGUAUUAUUACAAAUAGUUUGCAUUCUGCUUGUCAUCAGCACUCAUCAAACAACGUUUUCUUUGCGACUUGUUCUCUUUGUGAUUGGACUGUGGUGGAUUAUUUUUACAAUACCAGCAGCACUUUGGCUACGGCCUCGUCCCGGCCCACCGCUAUCGUGUUCUCAAGACGGAAAACAACACUCAUGGCCUGGUUACAUCAUUCAUGCUUGGAAGUCACUAGGCCGUACAGUGAUUCGGACACGACGCCUGAAAGAUAUCCUGUUAUUCCUUGCGUCGUGGUUUCUUUUAAGUGAUGGAAUUGCCACUGUCAGUGGUACAGCCGUUCUUUUUGCCAAAACUCAGCUGGACAUGCAACCUGCCGCAUUGGGUAUGAUCAACGUUGUUGCAAUGCUUGCUGGGGUCUUUGGUGCAUUUUGCUGGAGUUACAUAUCACGGUUGCUUAAUCUUCGCGCAUCACAGACGAUCAUCGCAUGCAUCAUCUUGUUCGAGCUUGUACCACUCUAUGGCCUUCUUGGGUUCAUCCCAGCAAUUAAAGAUUUGGGAUAUCUUGGCCUCCAGCAGCCAUGGGAAAUGUUCCCUCUGAGCAUUGUGUACGGUCUGGUUAUGGGCGGGCUAUCUUCAUAUUGCCGAAGCUUUUUUGGGGAGCUGAUACCUCCUGGCUACGAAGCAGCCUUUUACGCCCUGUAUGCUAUCACCGAUAAGGGCUCGAGCAUAUUCGGCCCAGCCGUCGUUGGCAUAGUCACAGACCGCUAUGGAGAGAUUAGGCCCGCAUUCGUCUUUCUUGCUAUUCUGAUACUGCUCCCACUGCCGCUCAUGCUCCUUGUGGAUGUUGACCGCGGAAAAAGGGAUGCGCUUUCAUUGUCAGCAGAAUUGGAAGGUAGUCAAGAACCCAAUACGCCUAUCUAUGGAGCGGUGCCUUGUGGUCGACACGAUAAUGAAAAUGGUGUAGUGCGGAAUGAGUGAUGAUUAAAACCAUCAGUCCUUCCUACAAGAUGCUACACCAACAUGUACCUGAAUGCGAUCAGGGUGAUAUGAGUCAAAUAGACAAGUGGUCUGUGCAUUUGGUUCCGUUUGUUACUUAUCCCUUUUCCAUCUCAGACUGCCGACUAUAGCACAGCAGUACGUUGAUGG